CUUCCAAAUGCAAGAAUCCCUUGAAAUUUAUACACCAGUCAUAGUGGUGUGCAGGUAGAUGUUUUAACAACUAGGUCACCGAAAAAAACGUUCACAGGCACGACACACUUUUAGGUUUAAUCUGCAAUGAUUAACAUUUUCUCCAUCCCUCUCUCGGGUCCAGUCACCAAAACAAAGAAUCAAGCCCAGGUUUGUAGCUUUUGCCUGAUUUCUGAAAAUUUAACAAGACAGGAGUUGGCUGCGGCACACCCGAACCCCCCCUUAAGAACCCAUAGUCUUCACACACACACGUACGUUAUGUGUUAUAAAUACAUGUGUAUGUCUAUACAUUGGGGAAAUGUCCACUCUCCCAUGGGCAUUUAGGACACGUGAUCGGUCAAACUCUCGUCCUGGGCUCUGGGGUGAAAAAGCGAGGAAGCGAGCACAGGACCGGAAGGACCGCAACACACGCAGACAUGUAGAGUCCAACCAGACUCUCGCUCCCGUACGUACAUCUCUGACGUCGCUUACAUUUCCAUCCGGAACAGUUUAUUGCUUCUGUCAAUGUCGCACUUCCUGCGCAAAGGGUCCCAAACAAUCCGUGUGUACUCCUGGGCCAUGGGGACAGCCCCAAGUUUAAUAAAUUGAGGUGGGGGGGCCUUCUCAUCCGGAACUUCGAAUUAAGAUCUCAUGUCUCUGGGAGGACAUCAUUAACUGACGUUCCACACCGCUCCGCGCAUGGCCUAUGUGGGGAAGGACUUCUGCGCAUGGCGCGGAGGGAGGGGAAGAGAGGGGAAACGAGGAAGCGCUUCCGGUUGCAGUGGCUAAGGCGGCUGCCGGGGCGGCGGUAUCUCUCCCCACCCCCUGCCCAGGGAUCAACAUGUCGGGGCUCAACAAGAUGGAGCUGGAGGGCUGUCGUGACCUGUUAGGCCUAAUGGAAACUUCCGAAAUCUUCGCGCUGUGCGACACCAUCACCAACCGCCUGGUUCAGCCCCAGGACCGCCAAGAUGCCAUUCGUGCAGUAUUAGCUUAUAGUCAAAGUGCUGAAGAACUUCUGAAGAGAAAAAAAGUAUACAGAGAAAUCAUAUUUAAGUAUCUAGCAAUGAAAGGAGUUAUUGUGCCUCCAGGUUCUGAAAAGCACAGUCUUAUUCAAUAUGCAAAAAAUCACUGGAACAAGCCAGAGUUGAAGGUGGUGGAGGAAACAGUGGAGAGCGUUCCAAAUACAGAAGACACCAUACUAUUUGAACAAGAAAAAAAAGAGAAAAAACAUGAACAAUUUGAUGAUUGUUACAAGUUAGGAGAAGAAUUCUGCCAGUGGUUCUUUGAGCUUCUCAACUCUCAGAAUCCUUUCUUUGGACCACCCCUAGAAAAAUGGGGACCACAGCACUUCUGGGAUGACGUCAAGCUAAAAUUUUGUUAUAACACAUCAGAACAAAGUGUGAUAGACUAUCAUGGUUCAGAACUGGUGAGCCUUCGUUUACUGUCUCUGGUAAAAGAAGAGUUUCUGUUUCUUAAUCCCAACUUAGAUUGCAGUGGACUGAAGUGUGUAUCCUCUCCACAUGGAUUAGUUAUAGUCGCAGUUGCUGGCACUGUCCACCGAGGCAAUAUGUGUUUAGGCAUCUUUGAACAAGUAUUUGGACUCAUCCGUAGCCCUUUUCUAGUAAACACUUGGAAAAUAAAAUUUAUCAAUCUGAGGAUUGUUGGACAGAAUUCCCUUGAACCUGGAAUGACAUUGGAGAAACCUUCAAUUACACUGGAAUCCAAUGAAUUAGAGUCCUUAUAUAAUGGAAAUGGAACAUGUAGUAGAAUUGAAGCAUUAGUUACUGAAACCCCUGUUUUGUAUGGUGGAAGUGGAAACCAGGCAUUGUGUCAUGAAAAUGAGGCAUCACUUAACACGUGUGAAUUGGAAAUACCUAAUCCUCCAAAACACUGAGCACUGUAUGUCAAAUUAAAAAACGUUUUUUAUUCAGAACCUCUUCAGCUUACGCUGUACCAGUAUUGCUCAGAUGAUUUCAGGCUUGCAGGGUUGGCAUGUUUCAGUUUAGAUACUUUUGUUGACGAGAAACUAAAAUUUUAUGUCAAUGCUUAUCUCUUUCCAUUUCAGUUUUGGCAAAUAUUAUGAGAUCUUGAUGCUGUUAUAUCAAAUAACUUUCACUUUAGAUUUCAUAAUUAAUGUGCCUUAGAAAUCAAGUGAUAUUUUCGUUUUAUUUUGCAGAAAUUCUAAUUCUCCUUUCUAAAUGUCAGCUUUGUAACAGAAAAAAAUGUAUAAUAGUGUGCAUAACUUCCCUUUUAGGUUCUUACUUUAAGUUAUUUGUACACAUAGUUGAUAUUUUAGAAACAUUUCCCAUUGAUGAGCUGUUACAAAAUAGAGUGUAGCUAUAAUGGAAAUCAUUUUCCCACUUGAGUUCCUGAGUGGUAGCCUUAAUGCAAAUCAAAUAAUUGAGCCGUUGGAUGAAUUUAAUUGUAUUUAAGGGAAAAUUCCAGUGGUUUCUACUAUGGCUGUUCAUCGUGCACAUUAAAACUUAUUUUCUCAAACUAUUUUGGAAUUGGCAAUGCUGAUUUCAGAAAGAGCUAACACUGAUCCUUAUUUAUGUCUGCUUGAUAAAAGAUGCAGCUUUUUAUAUACUACCUUUAAAAAUUAUUGUUCUAAAAUCAUCUUGAUUGGUUUAAGAUUUUUUUUUUAAUAGUGAAUUUCACUCACAAGUUGUUUUUUGUUUUUGUUAUUUUUUCCCCUGCUUAAUUUGUGUUUGGGUUACUUGAUUACCAGAAAUAAAUUAAUGAAAAUUAA